UGCAUACUGGGAUAGCAUAUUGGUCGCCAUCUUGCAUUUCCUGUACAACUUGCCGCAUUUCGAAGGUUUUCGAAAGAUAUUCAUCGCCAUGAUCAAGGCGAUUUUGAUCUUUAACAACCAUGGGAAACCUCGACUGUCAAAGUUUUAUCAGCACUAUGAUGAAGAUAUGCAACAACAAAUUAUCAGAGAAACCUUUCACUUAGUAUCAAGAAGAGAUGACAAUGUAUGCAACUUCCUUGAAGGAGGAUCRCUCAUAGGAGGUUCAGACUUCAAGCUGGUUUACAGACAUUAUGCAACUCUUUAUUUUGUGUUCUGUGUAGAUUCAUCUGAAAGUGAGCUGGGAAUUUUAGAUUUGAUACAGGUGUUUGUUGAAACACUAGACAAAUGUUUUGAGAAUGUCUGUGAAUUGGACCUUAUCUUCCACAUGGACAAGGUUCACAAUAUUUUAGCUGAAAUCGUUAUGGGUGGAAUGGUAUUAGAGACAAACAUGUCUGAGAUAUUAACACAUAUUGAUGCACAGAGUAAAUUAGAGAAGUCAGAAAUUGGUAUCAGUGCUGCACCACAAAAAGCCAUAUCAGCUGUAAGAAACAUAAGUCCCAACCUACACAACCUUUCAAAACCUAACCUAACGCUACCGUCCAUGCCUUCUCUACCAAAAGUCAAUCUCUCAUCAUUAGCAAAUUUUAAGUCAUAAAAAAUAAGAAUAUAAUAGAUCCAAUAUGAAUAAUUACAAAUGGGAAAUUGGGGUAUUUUUGGAUUGCACUAAUACCAAAUAUUGAAGGUGUACUGUAUAGAAUAUAUGGCCAGGUACAUGUAUUACACUAAUAAUUGUGUAAUCUAAAGCAUAAAAAACUAAAAUUCUCCACUKAAAURUACAGCYCCUAGUGCCAUCUURAAAGGUAGCCCAGCCAGAGCUAACAAUGAUAGAUACCUUUGAACAAUUGUCUUAGAUGUGAUAAAAGGUGUCUGUCAUUGCAUGCUCAAAGCCUGUCUCAUUUUAAUUAAAAGACUUUUCUCAAAGAUGGCACUUUGAACUUUUAAAUGGAGUAUUGGCAUAUCAGUUGAGUUCAAUUCAUUUUUAUUGUAUAAAAACUUGUUGAUCUUUCCAUUAGACUCUUUUACUAGUACUACGACUGGAGUCGUGUAUUCUAUUGUUUUGUAGUAGAAAUGAUGGGAUAUAUAGUGACUAUAUUUACAUAUAAAUCAACAUUAGUCAUAAGUUUCUGCAGUGAGUAUUCCAUUUUGUUGGGCUCUCUGUGGUGAAAUGAGGAGAAACGGACUGUGCCAGAUAAUAUUAGUCCUACUCUCACUCAUCUAAGGAAGUUGUUAAUUUAAGCAUAGUAUAGAGUACUAUUCUCUUUUAUCUAUGAUUUAAGUGAGGUGUAUAUGAAAUUAGUUUAGUACUUUUUGAAACAGUUACUCUUGCUGACCGAGUGAGUGACUUUCACUCACCCUACAUGAUGUAGAUUAAAAAMCGUAAUUUUGGAUGA